CAAUACACAGGACUAUUGCAUACCAACCAGUGGAUACAAUAAGAACAGCGCGUUAAAACAAACUCUUCAAAACGUCAUUAAACAGGACUUAUUAAAAUAAGGACUUAUAUUUUGUUAUCUCAUACAGCGAUUUACUUUGGAAAUUGUCGGCAACUUUCGUCUACAGGGCUUUUAUAUUUGAAGAGAAGAUGUUGAAAGUUUACCUCACGUUGGUUUUGUUGGCGGCUGCUGUUUUCGCUGAAUCGGUACGAGAAACAGAAACGUGGGUACCUCUGAAAAAUAAGUCGCCCCGUGAGGAUCUGGAGUCCUCGGGUGACUCCCCAAAUGGAGAUUUUGAGUUCACCAACAUCACCCCGACCACCGAUGAUGAAGAUGGCUUCUUUGACCUUUCGGACAACGACGAUGAUGAUGAUGAUGAUGAUGAGAUAUCAGGCUCUGGAGAUGUAGAAAUAACGGAGGAUGUUAAUUUGAUCCCUGAUUCUGAUAUGCCGGUUCCCCCAAAACCCCCCAUCGACGACGAGGUUCUGGUCAAGAACAAUGAGGUCCUGCUUCGUGCUCCAAGCCAAGAUAUUUACCCAAACGAUAAUAAUGUGCUCAUGUCCCACGCCGACGAUGACAGCAUAUUCCGCAAUAAGGAAGUGCUUGCAGCUGUUAUUGCGGGAGGAGCAGUCGGUCUCAUCUUCGCCGUCGUCCUCAUCGUCCUCCUCGUUCACUUCGUUCUCCGAAUCAAGAAAAAGGACGAAGGAAGUUACGAACUCAGCAAGACGCCCAUCUACAAGAAAGCCCCCACCGCGGAAAUCUACGCAUGAGCAUACACACACAUUCUCUUACUCCUUUGAACUAUAAGCUCACACAGUGCCUCGCCCUAACGGGUCGCCACCAACCACAGGAAGACCUCACACGAAUAAUUAUUCAGACUGGACUUUUGCAUUGAAAUCACAUCAAUCGUAACGGGACAUGGAGAGGAGGGUGCCUGUUGCCAAACCGCUCCGUUUAAAAGAUGUUUCUUGUCUUGUUAUUUCCGCACCCUCUCGUUUUGCUGAAGUUUAUCGCCUUUUUAACCCUGCGCUCUCCUGCGUCUAUUCUUUAAAAAACACUACAAGGCGCAACGGAGCGUUCGCAGGUUGAAGGGUUUGGGUCGCCGUUUGACAAUUCGACCACCCACGUCGGUGUCGAGAUCGGUGCUACGAGGGGUGGUCACUGUAGCCUUUGUUUUGUUUUGCAAUGUUUUUUUGUUUGUUUUUAAAUCUGUGUGCUGUAAACUCUUUUAAUUUUCUUAUUAAACGUCAGGGGUGAAACCAAAUUGAGCGCACGCAGUAUAUCUUUGUUAACGAAACCCUGUGUCGUGCUACGGUGUACUGUAUUAAACGUAUACCCAUUUCAGCCAUGGUGUUUGAGGAUGAUGUACAUUCCACGUUUCGCAUGUGGUUAAUUGUGAGACUAGACCCACUACAUUGCUGCUGGACUGUCAGCUAAGCUACUUUAACACAGGUACAGAUAUCUUGCUGUCUUCUGAUUCAAUAUCGGUUCAUUGUAACAGAUAUUCAACAUCCAGGGAUCUGUAAAUAGCCAUUGAAAUAAAAUAUUAAACUUC